CUUGGGUUGAUCCAUAACACCAUACGCCGCCUUCAUUCGACGAACGCGGAAAUCAGAAAGCAGGAUUAUGCAUUCUUUUCAAAAGAAUUCCUCUCCAAUUUAACUUACGCGGAGUCUGAAUGAUUUACCAAAGAACCCAAAGACUGCACAGCUGAUGAGGAAAUCAAAGGGCCUCAACAUUCCGUCAUAUGUUGAUGACCUGAACCUCAGCAUACACAGAUUUCACUAUGGAUUGCUUUUCUCCUUUCUGCACUCCCUGCUCUCAAGUUUGAACCUACAGAGCUUGGCAGCAUCACAAGCUGGAGAGAAAACCAAUGCAUCUAUGACCAACAAUCCACUACUUCUAUUAAAUCUAAUGUGUUGUUGAAACCAUAACAGAGCUUAUGAAAUCUGGAGAUGACACGUUUGCCUCUGCUUUCAAAUAAACCUCUCUUGCACUCUUUUGCACAACAUGAUCAAUUUAGGUAUCGUGUUCAUUGCUGCUACUUUAAACUUCAAAUUGUGCUUCAGUGCGUGUGCUCGUGCUGAAUAUGAGGUAAAUGGAGAAUGCUGCCCCAUGUGUGCACCAGGAAAUCAUGUUUAUUGGCAUUGUACUAUAGAUACAAGCACAACUUGUGUUCCAUGUCCUGGAUCAACUUACACUGAUGAACCAAACGGGUUGGAUAAAUGCUUGCCUUGCUCUUUGUGUGACCCAGAACUAGGUCUAAGAAUAAAGAAAACUUGCACACGCUCUGCAGAUACUGUUUGUGAGCCACUGGAGGGAUCCUACUGCACUGAGCGAAAGAAAGACAGCUGUAGAUUUGCUGUAAAGCACUCUGAAUGUCAGCCUGGGCAAUAUGUCAAACAAACAGGAACAGCAUUUACUAAUACUGUAUGUGAUAACUGCACGGUGGGCACUUACUCUAAUGGCUCUUUCACUGUCUGUCGACCACAUUCAAAUUGUGAGAUUGAAGGCCUUAAAGAAAUAAAACCAGGAACAAUCUCAUCCAAUGUGGAAUGUGGGAAGUCAGUUCCAGUUACUAUCAUUGUUGGAGUCAUUGGUGCAGUCAUUGUUGGUGUUUUGGUGACUGCCGUUGGGAGAAAAAUAUAUUGCAAAUUAAAACAGAAGAGACAGGCUUCUGACAGAAGUACAAAUUAUUACUCAGUACCAAUUUCAGAGAGUGAUGGUCAAUGUGAACCGACAUCACCAGACUCACUGACCCUUCUUAUAUUCAACACUAGUAGCUCUGUACAUCAAUCAGCUGCCUGUUCUGUUUCAAGUGGAGACAUGCAAUGUGUGACCUGAUAUUGAAAGAAAUUUCAUCUUGGUUGUAAGGAAUCCAAAUGUUCUACCAAAGAACCUGAAGACUCCGUAAACAGCUGAUGAGCAAAUCUUCUGUGGUGAAUGGUAAAUGGAAAACACUGCACCAUCAUUAUAGUGAAAUGAUCAAAGCCCGGAUGUCUUGAAGCUUUAUCAAAGCAGCAUGGAAUGCCAUUAGGAUUACCUCAAGAUUUACUCAUUGUGUUAGGGUUUGUUUGAAUUAAGAAGACCUGCUCUCUUUUUUUUGUUGUUUUUUUUUUUGGCAUUUUGCCUUUAUUAUGACAGAACAGAUCAGAACUGACCAGAAGAGAAGUGGGAGGGAGAUAGGGGGGCAGUUCAGAAAUGUACACACACGAGUCCGGUGGGAGAGGGCAAAGUUUUUCAGUAGUUAUGUGCAAGUAAAAUUUUAUUCACUUUAAACAUCGGGUGAAGUGAUUCUUUCUCGUUAAUACAGAUGAUGCUCGAUCAUUAAUAAAUUGUCAUGACAACAAAUUACGAUAUCCCAUGUAUUUUUCUAUGAGCGAUUAUGUGAACAGAUAUUAAGCUAAUAUUGUAGACCUACCAAUGUAGGGUUGUUGGUCAAUAUGAUGUUAAGUGGCAGAUCAGUGGGCUUGCUGUGGUUGAAUAUCUAAAUAAGAAACAUCCUCACUCCCAAACGAAACCUAAAAUACUAUGUGGAGGACACAAAACCACGUGAUGAACCUAUGAACCGAACUUAUUUAAACAGCAUGCUAUGUACACAUGUUGUGUACACAUAUCUAUCCUUACAAGCACUAUUUCGGCUGUAUUAUUUGUAUGUUUCUUAAUGCUCUUAAGAAAUUUUGUGUUUAUUGGCCCCCCAUACUGUUAGAUGAAAUUUACGCCCUUGUCCUCGAGUUGGGAUUUAAACUCUGGACGCCCGUAGCGAAAAGGAUGCUGUAUGUUGGCACGCUGCCCACAAGGCUAUUGGUGCCGACGACCUGCUCUAAAUAAAUGUGCUUCAUAUACUGUUAAUUUGAAUGAAUUUUCUGUAUUGGUUUUUUUCUUUUUUUACUUGAAAUAAAAUUAAAUUGUAUUUUCAGGUUACAACUUAUGUCUUGGCAGAAAGCUAACAGUACCUUUUUGUAACAGAACUUGGAGGAAGCGUGAAUAGAUCCAAAUGUGAGCUUUAUUAAACAUAUCAUAGUCAAGACCGGCAGGGUCAAACACCAGCAAACAGUAACACGUAGGCAAGAGAAAAGCAUAAUCCAGUGAACAGGCAGAACAUCAAAAUACCAGAGAGCAGUCCAAAGUAGCAAAAUAAACAAGGCAAUGAAACAAGGCAAAACUAUGACUAUGAAACAAAACCGUGGCAAUAACAAAAACAAGGCAAUGAAAACAGGGAAACAGCUUGGUAGAGUUCACACAGGCAAAAACAAUACUUCACGGAGUCCUGUUUGGCAUGGCCGUGCUUAUAUGGCUGCCAAACAGGAAGUAACCAUAGAAGCAGCAGAGGGAGCGGUAACAGUCAGUCAAUGGGUGAGGGCUCCCUCUGCUGGCGUGGCGCUACAGAAUCCCCCCCUCUAGGAGCGACUCCUGGCGCUCAAAACUACAACAGUCCAGG